GAGGCGCCCGCCGCCGUGGACGGGCUCCGUGGGCUGGCCUGUGGUGCAGGAGGAGGGGCUGGGCCCCCGCAAGCAGUACCAGGAGAAAGGGGGAGGCAGCCCCGCAGUGCAGGAACGGGGGGAGGCUCGCACCGGGGUGCAGGAGCAGGGGGAGGGGAGCCCACGCAGGCUGCUACAGCAGCCCGAGCAGCUGUCCGAGCUCGGGGACGGCCUCUGGGAGAGCAGAGACGAGCUCGAAAGUUCCGAGGAGCGGGGGGAGCAGUACUGGGAGAGCUGCGGGCACCUCAGAGGGGAGGCAGAGGUCCUGGGAGUGGCCCCGGCACGCCGCAAGAGACUCGAAGUGGUGGGGAGGGCCCGGCCAGUGGGGCCCCAGGGCCCUGAGGGAGAGGGGCGCCUGGGGGUGCAGGAAGCAAAUUGGCUGCCCGGGGUGCAGGAAGGGCAGGUUGUGCGGGCUGUCCAGGAAACAUACCUGGACGGGAAAGGGUCCCAGGAGGGAGACGGACCCCUGGAGGGACACAGGAUCCGGAGGCGCAGGCGGAGGAGGAGGUGGUAACUCACAGGCCGGCUGCUCAGCAUCAGCAUCGGCCGAGCCAGGGCCGUGGUGAGAGCAGGAUGUAGGGGUUUGGGGAGUGGGGGGCAGAAGAGCGCCGUGAACCUGGGAGCGUUGGAAACCACUACCCGAUAGCAGGCAGUGUCCUGCUGGGUCCUUUUCUGCCACCUCAGCCGGGACAUCAUAGAAGCUUUGUCAGCAGAGAGCCAGUGGAAGGCAGCAGAGGCUGGGGAGCAGCAGCAUGCAGCCGGAGGAGGGCACAGGCUGGCUGCUGGAGCUGCUGUCCGAGGUGCAGCUGCAGCAGUAUUUCCUGCGGCUCCGCGACGACCUCAACGUUACCCGCCUGUCCCACUUUGAGUAUGUCAAGAAUGAGGACCUGGAGAAGAUUGGCAUGGGCCGGCCUGGCCAGCGGCGGCUGUGGGAGGCUGUGAAGAGGAGGAAGGCCAUGUGCAAACGCAAGUCCUGGAUGAGCAAGGGUUCCAUCUGGCCCCUGGCUGCCUUCAAACAGGUGUUCAGUGGAAAGCGGCUGGAGGCUGAGUUCCCCCCUCAUCACUCUCAGAGCACCUUCCGGAAGACCUCACCCACCCCCGGAGGCCCAGCAGCAGAGGGGUCCCUGCAGAGCCUCACCUGCCUCAUUGGGGAGAAGGACCUGCAUCUCUUUGAGAAGCUGGGAGAUGGCUCCUUUGGCGUGGUGCGCAGGGGCGAGUGGGACGCCCCCUCGGGGAAGACGGUGAGUGUGGCUGUGAAGUGCCUGAAGCCUGAUGUGCUGAGCCAGCCAGAGGCCAUGGAUGACUUCAUCCGGGAGGUCAAUGCCAUGCACUCGCUUGACCACCGAAACCUCAUUCGCCUCUAUGGUGUGGUGCUCACGCCGCCCAUGAAGAUGGUGACAGAGCUGGCACCUCUGGGAUCGUUGUUGGACCGGCUGCGCAAGCACCAGGGCCACUUCCUCCUGGGUACCCUGAGCCGCUACGCUGUGCAGGUGGCUGAGGGCAUGGGCUACCUGGAGUCCAAGCGCUUUAUUCACCGUGACCUGGCCGCCCGCAAUCUGCUGUUGGCCACCCGUGACCUGGUCAAGAUCGGGGACUUCGGGCUGAUGCGAGCACUACCCCAGAAUGAUGACCACUACGUCAUGCAGGAGCACCGCAAGGUGCCCUUUGCCUGGUGUGCCCCUGAGAGCCUGAAGACUCGCACCUUCUCCCAUGCCAGCGACACCUGGAUGUUUGGGGUCACGCUGUGGGAGAUGUUCACCUAUGGCCAGGAGCCCUGGAUUGGCCUCAAUGGCAGUCAGAUCCUGCAUAAGAUUGACAAGGAGGGGGAGCGUCUGCCCCGGCCCGAGGACUGCCCCCAGGACAUCUACAAUGUCAUGGUUCAGUGCUGGGCUCACAAGCCAGAGGACAGACCCACCUUUGUGGCACUGAGAGACUUCCUGCUGGAGGCCCAGCCCACUGACAUGCGGGCCCUUCAGGACUUUGAGGAACCAGACAAGCUGCACAUCCAGAUGAACGAUGUCAUCACCGUCAUUGAGGGGAGGGCUGAGAAUUACUGGUGGCGUGGGCAGAACACACGGACGCUGUGCGUGGGGCCCUUCCCUCGCAAUGUGGUAACCUCUGUGGCCGGCCUGUCAGCCCAGGACAUCAGCCAGCCCCUGCAGAACAGCUUCAUUCACACAGGGCAUGGUGACAGUGACCCCCGGCACUGCUGGGGCUUCCCUGACAGGAUCGAUGAACUGUAUCUGGGAAACCCCAUGGACCCUCCCGACCUGCUGAGUGUGGAACUGAGCACCUCCAGACCCACCCAGCAUCUGGGCAGGGUGAAAAGGGAACCUCCACCUCGCCCUCCUCAGCCUGCCAUCUUCACUCAGAGUAAGUGGGGCUGCUCUUGGUGCCUUGGCCCCCGCCCCCGCCCCCUCUCUCCUCUCAUUUCUCUCCUCCUGGAAGAACCAACCUACGACCCUGUGAGUGAGGACCAAGACCCCCUGUCCAGCGACUUCAAGAGGCUGGGCCUGCGGAAGCCAGGACUGCCCCGUGGGCUGUGGCUCGCAAAGCCCUCUGCCCGGGUGCCGGGCACCAAAGCGGACCGCGGGAGCAGUGAGGUCACGCUCAUCGACUUCGGUGAGGAGCCCGUGGUCCCAGCCCCACGGCCCUGUGCGCCCUCACUGGCGCAGCUGGCCAUGGAUGCCUGCUCCUUGCUGGACAAGACCCCGCCGCAGAGCCCCUCGCGGGCCCUGCCCCGGCCCCUGCAUCCCACGCCGGUGGUGGACUGGGAUGCGCGCCCGCUGCCCCCGCCUCCUGCCUACGAUGACGUGGCCCAGGAUGAGGAUGACUUUGAGGUCUGCUCCAUCAACAGCACCCUCGUGAGUGCAGGGCUCUCUGCUGGGCCCAGUCAGGGCGAGACCAAUUACGCCUUUGUGCCUGAGCCAGCGCGGCUCUUCCCUGCCCUGGAGGACAACCUGUUCCUCCCGCCUCAGGGUGGGGGCAAGCCGCCCAACUCAGCCCAGACCGCAGAGAUCUUCCAGGCGCUGCAGCAGGAGUGCAUGCGGCAGCUACAGGUCCCGGCCGGCUCUCUGGUCCCCUCGCCAAGCCCGGUGGGCGACGACAAGCCCCAGGUGCCCCCUCGUGUGCCCAUCCCCCCGAGGCCCACACGCCCACGUGGGGAGCUGUCUCCAGCCCCCUCGGGCGAGGAGGAGACGGGGCGGUGGCCUGGACCUGCCUCCCCUCCCCGGGUACCACCCCGGGAGCCCCUGUCCCCACAAGGCUCCAGGACCCCCAGCCCCUUGGUGCCACGCGGCAGCUCCCCGCUGCCACCCCGGCUCUCCAGCUCACCUGGGAAGACCAUGCCCACCACCCAGAGCUUCGCCUCAGACCCCAAGUAUGCCACACCCCAGGUGAUCCAGGCACCUGGCCCCCGGGCUGGCCCCUGCAUCUUACCCAUCGUCCGUGAUGGCAAGAAGGUCAGCAGCACCCACUACUACCUGCUGCCUGAGCGCCCACCCUACCUGGAGCGCUACCAGCGCUUCCUGCGUGAGACCCGGAGCCCCGAAGAGCCGACCCCCAUGCCUGUGCCCCUGCUGCUGCCCCCUCCCGGCAUCUCAGCUCCUGCUGCCCCCACUGCCACCGUUCGACCAAUGCCUCAGGCUGCCCCAGACCCCAAGGCUAACUUCUCCACCAACACCAGCAACUCAGGGGCCCAGCUGCCAGCCCUGAGGGCCACUGCUCGGCUGCCACAGAGGGGCUGCCCCGGGGACGGGCCAGAGGCUGGACGGCCAGCAGAGAAGAUCCAGAUGCUGCAGGCCAUGGUGCAUGGGGUGACCACAGAGGAGUGCCAGGCGGCCCUGCAGAGCCACAGCUGGAGCGUGCAGAGGGCUGCCCAGUAUCUGAAGGUGGAGCAGCUCUUUGGUUUGGGUCUGCGGCCGCGAGGCGAGUGCCACAAAGUGCUGGAGAUGUUCGACUGGAACUUGGAGCAGGCUGGCUGCCACCUGCUGGGCUCCUGCGGCCCAGCCCACCACAAGCGCUGAGAUGUCUGGAGACCCAGAGGAUCUGCCCCGAAGGAAUCAUUUGAGCCUGUCCAUCUGACGAGGGUGGGGAGACGCCCUGCCAGGCCUGGAGGACCUGCUGCACCUGCUGCCCCCAGUGGCAGAGCGAGGCCAAGGCAGCAGGAGGCUGGGAGCCCCGCCUUGCCUGUCCCUCCCUCACCCAGCGCUGUCCCUGCAACUUCGGAGCUCUCAGUGCACCCAGCCGAGGUGCAGGAGGGAGCCUCUUGUAGGCAGGCCUGGGGGUGGCCUCAGAAGGCCCUGUGGCUGACCUGCCUCUGGCUUCAGUCCCUGGUGGGGCCUGUAGCUGAAAUGUGUUGCCAGGCCCUGCCGGCAGGGAAGCCAGGCUUGACCCCGGGCAGGGAGGAUGUGUUGGCCAUGCAGAAAGGUGGACCAGCACCCAGGGCGUGGGGCGGGGGCCCUCCCCAGGGAGCCCCUGGCGGCAGUUGGGGUGUCGGACGGAAUGUGACUUGUGGCCUCACUAUGGACAUGUUAUGGGACUUGGCUGGUGUUAGGAUCUUGUGCCUGGAAAUAGCCUGAGGUGGCUCAGGUAGCAGAGCUAGGGUGCCAGAUCGUUCUCUGGCAGGGACCAGGGCCCAAGGCCCCAGGGUUGGAAGGAGACCAAGGGGGCAGCUGCCCUGGAGGGACACCAGUGCUUCCUCUGACCCAGCUCUUCCCCUGUGCUGUUCUUUGUUUUCCCACCAGCCUCUUGCCAAAGUUUCUGCCCCGGCUAUGAAUAUCUGCUUCUUCCAGAGAAAUAAAGUUAGUUUCUAUUUUAUGUUA